UACGGGCUAUCUGAGUAUAUCUCAAACUCUCUCUUAUAGUAGAUUCCAAUAAAGUGUUGCAUGAUAAAAUUGGUACAUGAAUUACACUUUGGCUGGUGACUUGUAGAGUACUAAGGCAGAUACUGUGCAAGAGCCUGGUAUCAUUAUGAUAUGAUAAACCAACACAAAACUUUCACCACAGAUUAUCUUUUGCUAUGCUUCAAUUUAGUUAUGCAACUGAUUUCUUAGUUUUUGGUUUCUUUUAGUUUUAGACUUUUCUAGCUGCAUUGAUGGAAAUUGAAAAUGUAUUUUGUUCUGUUUAUGACAUAUUGUUAUAAUGAUCUACGGUUGCUAAUAUUACUUAUUUAAAGUUUUCAUUGUUUUAAAAUUGGAGAAAAAACUUGUGUGUCAUAUUUAUAACAACAACCCCAUAUUUAUUUGUUUGUCAUCAUAUUUAGUAUAGUGACCACAAAUAGUUGAAAUUUUUAAACAAAAGGGUCGGGUGAUGACACAAAGUAUUAAUGAUUAUGAUCAAAAUCACUACUGAUUUUGUAUUUGUAUUAAAUCGGUGUUGGUUUGCAUUCAAAGAUAACAAGUUAGAAUUCUCCACAAUCUCUUGUUUAUCUGGUAAUGCGAUUAUACGGCGAUAUCAUAAAAACGCUAGCUUGAACCAACAUUCUCCGUUCCAUAUUUCAAGAAACUAAACAUGUUAAAAGUCCUGGAAAGGAAGAUAAAAUUCGGAAAGAAAAGUUUGCUGAAGCAGAAGAAAGUGAAACCAAAUUGCAGCGCAUGAUUGGCUACUGCUCGAGGAAUUCUACUGAUAAGGCAUAAGUAGGCGGGAUCUUGGAGAAGUUGGCACAUCGGCGCCAGAAAGUCGGCAGCAUCAGAAUAAUUAAGAGUGGCCUGCCUCUCUCGCAACCAAUCUGAGAGUUCCGUUUGACAGGCUUAGGAAAUAAAUAUAGAGAUCGCUAGCACACGUGUUAUUGGACGUAUACCAGAAACAAGAAGAAACACUUGCUACUAAGGAAACCAGGGAACAAGUGUAACAACAUUUCCAACAGGGCCGAGAUCUCGCUCCAGCGCAAAUCUACGCGACAACUAUUACAACAGAAUUAAAAAUCUAAGGAGCUAACACGAUUACCGAGAAGAAUAAAGAGGCUGAGUAGGAUUAGUUCUACUGCCAUUACUGCAUGGUUGAAGGUUGAUGGACAGUGACACCAACUGGUCGGCAGCCACUAGCUCGCACGCUCAAUCAGAGAUUCAGCCAGCUCGAUACGAAAGACCAGGGUCCUCACCGCGGGACCAACUUGUUAUGCAGGAGAGACCUACUGCACAGAACGCAUUGUAUCCACUACCCAAAGAAGAAGUUCAGUGUUUCUUUGAUCAGCUUAGUGAACCAAAUCAGCCCAUCCCCGCAAGCACCCUGGCUACCCUAGAAGACCGCAGUAUGUUCCAGCAGCCAAUGACGGUGGCUAGUCACGCCCCGCCUACCUACCACCACGAAGGUAGCAGCUAUUUGCAUUCAGCAGCAACCAACCCUGUCUACGUACCAACAACACGGGCUACAUUGGGAUCCAUGCUACCAAUGCAAUAUAUGAGCAAUGGAACGGGACAAGGAUCGCCACAGGGUUGGCCAACACAGGACAAUGGCUAUUCAACUGCCAGUACCCAUCCUUCCAUGUCACCUAGAUUUACGUUCCCUCCAACCCCAAGUCCCCCUGUCAGUUCUCCAAGCAGUCGCACUGACCCCAGUUACAGUGCACUUACACGGCCUACAGGAAUCAGCCCCUAUGGUUACCCUGACAUCUCUGCCUGGAGCAGCUACAACAACAUGGCGUUGUCACCGCAGCAAGGUCUUCCAAGACGCCCCAGUGCAGACCCUGUUGUAGACCCAUACGCCAGCAAACACUUGGAGUGUGUCAGAUGUCGGAGCGUCUUGUCAUCAGCGUGGCCCCAAGAAGGAAUGGAGUACAUCCAAUGUACUAUGUGCGGACUCUACCAGCGCCUCAAUGGCUUCAACCACGCCAUGGCCAAGACCGGCCCCAUCAGGAGCUCUAGGCUGUCUGCAUCAAGAAGAGUCGGACUUUCCUGUGCAAACUGCCAUACUUCACAAACCACAUUAUGGAGGCGAAACAAUGAGGGAGAACCUGUAUGCAAUGCAUGUGGCCUCUAUUAUAAACUGCAUGGGGUCAAUAGGCCAUUGGCAAUGAAGAAGGAAGGAAUCCAAACGAGAAAGAGGAAACCAAAGAACAUGGGAAAAGUCAGAAGCCCAAUGAAGUCAGAACCGUCUUCAGAUUUGAAGACCUCCGUUAGCUCACCAUCAAUGGGAUCUCUGCACCAGGUCCAUAAUUCCCAGCAGAGUGCUGCAUCAGCCAUGUCCGUCAUCCAUAACACCGGCAACCACGGUCUCUCCGUUAACAACAUGAUGCUACCAGGCAAUACUAACAUAAGCACUCCAGAUCAUAGCCCUAAUAUAGGCAGUCCAGGUGCUGGUCUCAAUCCGGCAUCUCAAACUCAAAGUGUCUUCCCUACUCCCUCGCCUCCUAAAGCAGUUCCUGUCAAAAUGGAGCCUGGAACUAUUAUGACACCCUCGCAUCAUGAAACUACCACCCUAAGCUCAGUCUCUGUGGGAGGAAAUUGACAGACAUGGUAGCUAUAGACGUGUGAGUAAUGAACAGUGACU